AUGUCGUCUCAGGCAAGCGGUAGCGGGCCUGCUGGUGUAGACGACGAUAACAGCGGGAUAAAAGGCGACAGAAUAGCGCCAGAAAGUUUCGAAGACACCAUGGACCCGGCCAGGGUCGAACCCACGCGUGAUUUGGCACCACUGCUUGCGGCUCUUGAAUCGCCAAAGUUCUCUUUAUUCGAGUGCAUUGACCUGCUGGUGAAAUACGCCGACAACAUUGGCAUCCACUUUAGGCUAUGCCAGCAACUGCGCAACUUCCCGCAACUGCAAAUCGAGUUCUUUUUACCGCAACUUGUCCACGUGUUUGUUGCCUACGAGACAGAGUCGGCAGCAUUAGAAGAUUUUUUGAACGAGCUUUGCCACGAGUCCACGCAUUGUACGCUGAUUGUUUUCUGGCAUCUCCAAGCCAGCCUGAGUGAUUUGGAAGACCAGCCUCAGAGCUACGGGUUCGCAGCAGCCAAGCGGCUGUACAACAAAAUCCAAAACAUGAUAUUUGCAUCUCCCAUUGCUCCUGAUGAACAAAUCCGCGAUAACACUCAGCCUGCCUUGGUCCUGGCAUCGAUGAUUGCAGCGUCCACCGCUGUCCCUGAGGCUUCGCGUUAUAUUCGUCCCCUAGUAAUGUCCCAGGGCCGAAAGCAGCGAAGCAAGCUGCUUCGGGUUGCCAAUCGCUUGAAACGCUUGGGCUCGGUCUCUGGAACCAGUUCCACAAAUACACAGGAAGCUAUUGAGCAUUCAGCGGAUCAAGUGGCCUCCCGAGCAAGCGCUGUGUUUAGAGCAGGCCACCAGUAUGAUAUCGCAGCGCAAAGCAUGCCAGACUUAUCACGCGUAGUUGCUGGCGGUUACGAUUCCGCGGCUCGUCGUCUCUCGGGAGAUAUUGUGCGUUCGCCGCUGCGCAAUCAGCUCAAGACAAAUUACUUCCGCAGCGAGAUGCAAUUCGUGUAUUCCUUGCAAUCCAUCUCUAACAGGCUAUUACGCGUACCUCCAGCCGCUCGGUUAUCUGCUCUGCAGCUUGAACUUGCUUUGAUAAAUCGUGAUUUACCGGCCGAAGUCGAUAUACCACUGCUCAUACCGGACGGAGCUGGUAAUCGACACAAUCGCAUCGUGCGUAUCUCCCCUACAGAAGCCACAGUUUUGAAUUCCGCAGAAAAGGUCCCCUAUUUGCUAUUAGUCGAGUAUCUAAAAGGUGAUCUUACGUUCAAUCCUGACUCGGAGAGAAACCGGCAUCUGCUCGCUAAAAAUGGCCAGCGAAGGUACUUGUUUGAUCGCAACUUUUCGCAAUCUCCUCCGGCCCCGGGGACCCCGUUAAUUGAGACCACAUUUGACGAGGAGGAACAGGAUCUAGGCCUGGUUCCCGUGGCAGACCGGGAAAGACUUGUGCCAAGUGCCAAUGCAUCCACAGUUUCUCUGGUGCCCGACCCUAACAGUGAGUCGGGUGGUUUAGGAGCCCCGUUAACGAGAGCAGAAGCGGUUGCCGCGGCAGGCAAUACCGAGCCUGUGUCUAAUACAGUCUCGAUCAAUGAUCUCGCUUCGCAAAUGGACAUGGCUUCGAUCAUUCUGUCGCAGCUAGAGGUAGCGCAGAGUGGGAAACUGCCCAAGGCCGAAGUGGAAGCCAUCAAAGCUCGUAUUGUGGACAAUAUGCAGUCAAUGCAGAACCAUGAUUUGCUUGCUGCAUCGAAAGGCGAAGCCGGUGCUCGUAAACUUGAAAAUGAUCUCAAAACAGCUGGCUUGUCGUCAUCGGACGACCCCAGUGCGGCGAACCUGGCGGAAGACUGGACAGCACGAAAAAACCGGCUGCGGCAGUCGUCACCGUAUGGCCACUAUCCUACGUGGGACUUGUUUAGCGUGAUUGUAAAGACGGGCGAUGAUUUGAGACAGGAAGCGUUGGCGUGUCAGAUGAUAUCGCGGGCUCGACAGAUUUGGCGCGACGCACACGUUGAUGUCUGGGUCAAGGAGAUGCGGAUUCUCAUCACAUCUUCCAAUUCAGGUCUCGUAGAGACAAUAACCAACGGGCUUUCCAUUCACUCUAUCAAAAAGGCGUUGACGGGCCUGCAGGAGCCUACAGCGGCUGGCGGGGCGCCGGCGAAGGUUGCGACGCUCUCGCAGCAUUUUGCAGUCAAGUUCGGUGACGUUUCGUCAGUGCGGUACCAGCAAGCACUUCGCAAUUUCGUGCGGUCGCUGGCGCCGUAUUCGCUGCUGUGCUACAUUCUGCAGAUCAAAGACCGACACAAUGGUAAUAUUCUCCUUGACAACGAGGGCCACAUCAUCCACAUUGAUUUUGGUUUUAUGUUGUCCAACUCUCCUGGUGGCAGGUUCGCACUGGAGGUUGCUCCGUUCAAGCUGACCCACGAGUACGUUGAUCUCAUGGGCGGACCCAACUCGCCUGCGUUCAAAGAGUUUAUCGCUCUGUUCAAGCAGGCGUUCCACACGCUGAGACAGUACGCGGAUGAGUUCUCCGCUAUGGUGGAGAUCAUGUCCAAGGACUCGACGCUGGCCUGUUUCCAAAACGGGCCGGCCACCGCGUCCCAGCUCAAGCAGCGGUUCCACACUGACCUCAGCGACGCCGACCUGGACAACUUUGUGGAAAACAGCCUGGUGUACAAAAGUUAUGGAAGCGUUUACACACGUGGAUAUGACCAAUUCCAAAUGCUCACCCAGGGCAUUUACAGUUAG